GCUUUCAGUUCUAGUGAGACCAUCGGUUGGGCCAGCCGCAACAGCAGACAGCAGUAAAGCAGCAAAGCGCGAUUCCAGCCCCAGCGUCCAUUAUCCAGAAUCCCUGACCUUACACUUCAACAACCUGUGGAAGAUGUCCUUUGUGCGUCUAAUUGGUGCUGAGGCACGCCUGAUAGCCAAACGUGGCUACUCGUCGUCCGCGCCCACAACGAAGCUCUUCAUCGAUGGCAAAUUCGUGGAGUCGAAGACAAGCGACUGGAUCGAUGUGCACGAUCCGGCCACGAACAAGGUGGUGACCCGUGUGCCCAAGGCCACGCAGGAGGAGAUGAAGACCGCUCUGGAGUCAAAUAAGCGCGCCUUCAAAUCAUGGAGCAGCCAGUCUGUGGUCUCCCGCCAACAGAUCAUGUUCAAGCUGCAGGCCCUGAUCAAGGCCAACAUGGGUGAGCUGGCCAAGAACAUUACCAAGGAGCAGGGCAAAACCCUGGUCGAUGCCGAAGGCGAUGUCCUGCGCGGCCUCCAGGUGGUCGAGCACUGCUGCAGCAUACCCUCGCUCCAGAUGGGCGAAACUGUGGCGAAUGUGGCCCGCGACAUGGACACCUAUUCGCUGGUAAUGCCGCUCGGCGUCACCGCCGGCAUUGCCCCGUUCAAUUUCCCAGCGAUGAUACCGUUGUGGAUGUUCCCGGUGGCCAUUACCACCGGCAACACGAUGCUGCUGAAGCCCUCGGAGCGUGUGCCCGGCGCCACCAUGCUGCUGAUGGAGCUGCUCAACGAGGCCGGCUGCCCACCGGGCGUCGUCAAUGUCAUCCAUGGCCAACACGAUGCCGUCAACUUCAUUUGCGAUGCGCCCGAGAUCAAGGCCGUCUCCUUCGUUGGCUCCGACACGGCCGGCAAGUACAUCUACGAGCGCGCCGGCAAGAAUGGCAAGCGUGUCCAGAGCAACAUGGGCGCCAAGAACCAUGGUGUGGUGCUCAGCGAUGCCAACAAGGAGAAUACGCUCAAUCAGCUGGCGGGCGCCGCCUUUGGCGCUGCCGGACAGCGCUGCAUGGCCCUGUCGACGGCUGUGUUUGUGGGCGGGGCCCAGCAGUGGAUACCCGAUCUGGUGGAGCGCGCCAAGAAGCUGAACGUGAACGCGGGUCAUGUGCCCAACACAGAUGUGGGACCCGUGAUCAGUGCCGCCUCGCGCCAGCGCAUCAACGAGCUGAUCGAGUCCGGCGUGAAGGAGGGCGCCAAGCUGAUCCUGGACGGACGCAAGAUCACGGUGCCCGGCUUUGAGGAUGGCUAUUUUGUCGGCCCAACCAUCUUGACCGAUGUCAAGCCGCACAUGAAGUGCUACACCGAGGAGAUCUUUGGCCCCGUGCUAAUCAUCCUUAAUGCCGACACCUUGGACGAGGCCAUCUCGAUUGUGAAUGCCAAUCCGUAUGGCAAUGGCACCGCCGUCUUCACCACCAACGGCGCCGCCGCCCGCAAGUUCGUCAACGAGAUCGAUGCCGGCCAGGUGGGCGUCAAUGUGCCCAUCCCUGUGCCGCUGCCCAUGUUCUCGUUCACCGGCACCCGCGGCUCCUUCCGCGGCGAUCAUCAUUUCUAUGGCAAGCAGGGCGUCAAGUUCUACACACAGACCAAGACCGUUACCCAGCUCUGGCGUGAAACCGAUGUCACCCACACUCAGGCGGCCGUGGCCAUGCCUACCAUGAAGUAGACAGACAGACACACACACACACACACACACACACCCGAUGCACAGGUGGAGUUUGAGGUGUGCGUGAGUUGGAAAUUGCUGCAUUUAUUUUCUGUGCCCAUUAGAAUUAAGCUAUAUGUUAAACUGAUAAAAAAAAAGAA